CGCCCCUGGUAGCUGAGCGGCCGGAGGAAACGGAAGGAGGCGCUAGCUAUGGAGGGGAACCGGGAUGAGGCGGAGAAAUGUGUCGAGAUCGCCCGGGAGGCCCUGAACGCCGGCAACCGCGAGAAGGCCCAGCGCUUCCUGCAGAAGGCCGAGAAGCUCUACCCACUGCCCUCGGCCCGCGCACUAUUGGAAAUCAUUAUGAAAAAUGGAAGCACAGCUGGAAGUAGCCCUCAUUGCCGAAAGCCAUCAGGUAGUGGUGAUCAAAGCAAGCCUAAUUGCACAAAGGACAGCACAUCUGGUAGUGGUGAAGGUGAAAAAGGCUAUACCAAAGACCAAGUAGAUGGAGUUCUCAGCAUAAACAAAUGUAAAAAUUACUAUGAAGUACUUGGAGUUACGAAAGAUGCUGGUGAUGAAGAUUUGAAAAAAGCAUAUAGAAAGCUUGCUUUGAAGUUUCAUCCAGACAAAAAUCAUGCACCUGGAGCCACAGAUGCUUUUAAAAAGAUUGGAAAUGCUUAUGCUGUUUUAAGCAAUCCAGAAAAACGAAAACAGUAUGACCUCACAGGCAAUGAAGAACAAGCUUGUAACCAUCAAAACAAUGGCAGAUUUAAUUUCCACAGAGGUUGUGAAGCUGAUAUAACUCCAGAAGACUUGUUUAAUAUAUUUUUUGGUGGUGGAUUUCCUUCAGGUAGUGUACAUUCAUUUUCAAAUGGACGAGCUGGUUAUAGCCAUCAACAUCAACAUCGACAUAGUGGACAUGAAAGAGAAGAAGAAAGAGGAGAUGGAGGUUUUUCUGUGUUUAUCCAGCUGAUGCCCAUAAUUGUAUUGAUCCUCGUGUCGUUAUUAAGCCAACUGAUGGUCUCUAAUCCUCCUUAUUCUUUAUAUCCCAGAUCUGGAUCAGGGCAAACUAUUAAAAUGCAGACAGAAAACUUGGGUGUUGUUUAUUAUGUCAACAAGGACUUUAAAAAUGAAUAUAAAGGAAUGUUAUUACAAAAGAUAGAAAAAAGUGUGGAAGAAGAUUAUGUGACUAAUAUUCGAAAUAAUUGCUGGAAAGAAAGACAACAAAAAACAGAUAUGCAAUAUGCUGCAAAAGUAUACCGUGAUGAUCGACUCCGAAGGAAGGCAGAUGCCUUGAGCAUGGACAACUGUAAAGAACUGGAGCGGUUGACCAGUCUUUACAAAGGAGGCUGAACUGGAAUUUUUAUGUAUACCUUUUAGCGUACCCUUUAUUUUUUCUUUAAGUUUAGUUUCAUCAUGAGAGAUGAAGAAAAAGAUUUGAUAUUAAAACGAAACUGAAUAGUUGGUUCCUGAAAUCUUGAACUGUUUAUGACCUACUGGCUCCUUUAAAUAGUAGGAACUGAAAACUAAAAUUAAUGUUUUACUUAUGCUUCUGCAAUUAUUUUUCAUUUUAAAAGCUUACAUGAUUCCUGACUAAAAAUGUCUUGAGAAAGGAUUAUCACACCUGUAGCAAUUUCCAAUUUUAGUGAUUCUCCAUUUUUUCCCUUGUGUAAAUAUUUAUGGAAUGACCAUUUUGUGUACAUACAGGUUACUGCCUUUUUAUUUAAAUUAUUUUAGUGUUUAGCUCCAUAAGAUACUUCAUUUUAAACUGAUGGAAAAAUGUCAUAUGACACAAUUACAUUUUCCUUGUUAAGGUGUCAAAUCUGUGGAGUUUAAACAAUAAAACUUUUUCAAAAAGAAAAAUAAUCUUUAACUUUGUGUAAAAUCUUAUAGCAUUAUCAGCUUAGAGGGAAUUGAUAUUUUUAAUAUUGCCAUUAUAUUCCAAAAUAUAUAUUGAGACAAAUGAACUGGUAUAGAGUAUCAGUUUACUCUUUAGUUUUAUGAAUUGCUAUACAUAUACAUGCAUAGAAACGAAAUGCUAUACUGAUAGAUUUUAAAGAAACUAUGUUGGCUAUAAAUAUUAAAUGAAAAGGUAAUAAAGAUAAUAAAGUGCUGUUAUGUCAUUUACAAUCCAAUAAUUAAAAGACCUCCACAUGUUCAUGUAUGUCCUUGAAAGCUGCUACAAUUUAUGAAGAGGACUCACCUGAUUUCCCCUCAUGGAAAUUUGCAGUUUCUUAAGUGAUUAUUUAAGCAGGAUCCAGAAGGGUUCUUCUACAAAUAAUAAGAAAAAUUAUGACUAAAAUACAGCUUUGUGCCUUUUAACACUUUUUAACCAACUCCUAAACAUAUAAAUAGAUUAUAGUACACUUAUUUGAUCAGAGCAUGAUCUCUUUGACCCCAUGCAACAAUGAGCAGUAAUAUAGCAGCAAGUAGAAUAGUGAUUUAAAGCAAAUCAUCCUUAAAAAAUUCUGAGCUAAAAUUUAUUCACCAUUGAGUAAUUCUAUUAAUCCUAUAGGGCAGUAAGUUCUUUGUAAUUAAAUCCAUAAAAUAAAUUAGAAAAAACCAGCUGGAAAUUGAAGUAUAUUGGAUAUGAAAUGACUUGAUUUCUAGUCUUCUGUGUUUAACAGUUGUAAUAUUGUAAUGAUUUUGUUUCAUAGUUAAUGGAACAUGAACGUGUUUUUGGUAGUUUCUGUGAGAGAAUGCUAGAUAGAGUGGCUUUGUUCUUUUGUUUAAAUAAUUUUUUUCUGAAUGUAUAGUUAAUUUAUGGUAUCUGUUGAAUAAAACUGCUAAAAUGAACUUUUCUUAUAAAUGUUCUCUUGUAUCCCCUUUUCCAGGUGAAUCCAUAUAAAUGUCUGAUUGAAUUAGUAGGUUAAAUUAAACCACAUAUUGUCUUAGGAAAAUGGAACAAUUUAACCAUCUUGUUUUUAUAAAUGUAACCUU